CGCGCUAUGGCGUGACGACGGGAGAACCAUAGAGCGCCGCGCACCGGGCUAGAGCGGCGGGGGCAGGGCGUGAUGGGACGUCGCGGGCGGACUGAGGCGGCGGCCGGGCCCUUUGCGGGAAGCGAGGCCGGCGCGGCACGGCGGAGGUGAUGCGCGGGAGGUGCCGCGGAGCCCUGCCAGGGCUCGGCCUCCCGACACGGAGGGACGUCUCCCGCAGACGGCCGCAGCACUCACCACCUCCCUGAGGCUCCGACACCCGCUCGCCCCUCGCCGUUGGAAAUGACCGUCCCUCUGCUCUCAGGGUCCAGCUGGAGCCGAUAGCUCCACGGCACCAUGGCCUUCUGCAGCUGCAGCAUGCUGUGCGCAAUAGCCAGGUCAAGUUUCAGGAGCUCCCAUCUCCUCGUGCACUCCAGUUCUCCGUAUUCUCCUGCAGUUGCUUUUGUCCAACUAGGGGAUUCUCAUUUAAACCGGACUUGCAUAAGACACUCCAAAACCCAGUCAUUGCACCACACACAGCUGGGCGCUGGCCUACCUCAUUCAGGAACUAAAGUUGUGCGAACAUUUCACACAUCCGCUUACUUGCAUCAGGAGCUUCAAGAUAAACCUCCGCCCAAACGAAGUACUGUAAACCAGGGCACUGAGCCUCUUAAAACUCCAACAAAACAAGGAAUAGAGACUGCUGUGGGAAAAAAGUCUUUACGCCAAAAAAUUGUGGAUGAACUGAAACAUUACUACAAUGGAUUCCACUUGCUUUGGAUUGACACUAAGGUUGCUGCCCGGAUGCUGUGGAGGCUGCUACAUGGUCAGGUUCUCACUAGGAGAGAGAGACGAAGGUUGCUGAGAACUUGUGCAGAUCUCUUCCGGCUGGUUCCUUUCCUGGUAUUUGUCAUUGUGCCCUUCAUGGAAUUUCUGUUACCUGUAUUCUUGAAAAUGUUCCCUGAAAUGUUGCCCUCAACGUUUGAGACAGAGUCAAAAAAGGAAGAAAAACAAAAAAAGAGAUUAAAUGCAAAGCUGGAGUUAGCGAAGUUCCUGCAGGAGACUAUUGCAGAGAUGGCCAAAAGGAACAAAGCAGAUACAGGAGAAGGAAAACAAUUCUCUUCCUAUGUGCACCAGAUUCGUCACACUGGUCACCAGCCUAGUACCCAAGAGAUUGUGCGCUUCUCCAAGCUCUUUGAGGAUGAACUGACCCUGGAACACUUGGAACGGCCACAGCUGGUAGCCCUGUGCAAACUGCUUGAGCUACAGCCCAUCGGCACCAACAAUCUGCUUCGCUUUCAACUUCUGCUGAGACUCAGGACCAUCAAGACAGAUGAUGAGAUGAUUGCCAAGGAAGGAGUCAAUGGUUUAAGUGUGUCUGAACUUCAGAGCGCAUGCAGGGCUAGAGGAAUGCGAUCAUUGGGUCUCUCGGCAGAACAACUGAAGGAACAGCUCAGACAGUGGCUAGAUCUACAUUUAAAAGAGAAUGUUCCACCUUCUCUACUCCUGCUUUCCCGUGCCUUGUACUUGAUAGAUGUAAAGCCACAAUCUGUUCAGAUACCACAAAAUAAGGUAGAUGAAACUGCUGAAGUACUCAUGCCAUCUCUUCCUGAAGAUCAAGAGACUCUAGUGGAUUCCGCCCCCAUUGUACAGGGAAGAAAGAAUGAAGAAUUUAUAUCUCAGUCAUCAGAGAAACUGCCAGUCUCAGAAGUGUCAGUUAAGCCACCACCACGAGAGACUAAAAUGGAAGCAUCUCAGAGCAACAAGGCCAGUGCCAACGGAGUUUAGCCUGAAACCAACACGACUGUCCAACAUGAAGAGAAAAGCUUUCAUCUCUCCAACUCCUUAAACUAGAAGAGCAGUUUUCCAGGAGGCUGCUUUACACACAAAGGUGUCAGUAGCCCCGAGGGGCCUCUCAGUCUAUUCCAAGCUUAUUAGCAACUAGGCUAUGCUACAACUGUCUAGAUGGAGCCAGCUUCUCAUUUGUACUGCAUCUCCUACGCCCAUUUUAACUUAUGUUGUAAAUAUGUAAAUACUUAUGUUACUGUCUGUGCUGUUACUUACUGAACAGGUGUACAUGCUCUUAAACCUUAGGUAAGACAGCCUUUCAUUUUCAUAAAGGCUUGGGCACAGGAUGAGCUAGGCAGGAGCUGCAGGAAAGCCCAUUCUGCAGUUUGAAAUCCUGUUCAAGAGCUUAGCCCUAGUCAGGGCUUGCAGCUUUCCCUGCUGCUGCAGCUUUAUAGGCCUUGAUCCUGGUUUGCAUGGUUUAACCUAUAACUAGUGCACAAAAUGACUGUGUAGCUAUUGCAUUUAAUAGUCACAUUUGUACAAAGGAGAUUAACCACUGCAAAGGAGAGAAGAACCAGCACUCUCCUCGUUGGUUGACUGUUCAGAAAGACUUUACUGUUCAGAAAGAGUUUACUGUUCUCCUCUUGCCUACGGAGCUUUACGAGGACAGCUUCUGCUCCAUGAACACUCACACCCAUCGGGAACAGCUGCAGCAGGGGACCUACCCAGGUGCCAAACACUGCUGCAGCAGAAGAUUGAGACUUGCCUUUUUCAGGAUCCUGCUGGGUCACAUGCUGGGGGGGCAGCCUGGAGGUCCACACACAUUUCCAAGUCUGAGGUAAGACUUGGUUAAACCUUAUCAGGCUUAGAACUAUGCAGCAGCAAGUGCUCUCAGACUUAAUACUUUAUAAGUAAUUCUUCAUACACUCCAGUGUUGACUGUUUUCUUGAUAGACUGUAUAUGAAAAGCUGUUUUUAGAAUUUGUUAAUUUUUGGACUUUGGCCUAUGUAAAUGUUCAAAAAUUACUUUAUGGACAUUAAAUUGAUAUUUAUAUUUACUGUAAAAUUAAAGUUAGACUUGGUGCUAAGUAGAAUGAAACAUCUCUUUUAGAGGUCAGACAGCCUUCAGAACAAUCCAACCCCAAAAAAGCCAGUCAGCUGAUGGUCAGGUGUUAUCAGCACUUUAAAAUGUGUUAUUUACUAGCAAUGCAGAAACAGCUUGCAGAAGAUUUACCAGUGUACUGUGCUUUUUGGUUAGUAUGCUUCUGUACCUGCAUCUCUGCCUUGUUAGUACAAGCAGUAUGCAAUGUUGAAUAUUUGUAUUUUUUUUAACUGGCAGUUAGUAAACUAGAGCGAUGUUAUUUCAAUAAAUGCCCCAUUGCUCAA